AUGACUGACCGCAUCAGGUUUAAGGUCAACGGAGUCCCACAUUCAGUUGGUUCUGAGGUAAGCUCCGACAUAAUGCUUGUCGACUACCUCCGCAAUACACUGGAGCUCCGCGGCACCAAGUACAUGUGUCGAGAGGGUGGCUGCGGAGCCUGCACUGUCAAUGCCUCCACCACGCCUGGCACCGCUUGUAAAGCCAUAAACUCUUGUAUGGUAUCUGUAACAUCUUGCCAAGAUUGGGAGAUCACAACGAUAGAGGGUUUGGGAAACAAGCAUGACGGAUAUCAUCCAUUGCAGACAGCAGUAGCUGAGCACCACGCCACCCAAUGCGGAUAUUGUACUCCUGGAUGGGUAAUGAGCAUGAAUGGACUUCUGGAAUCUACAGAUAGGAAUGUCACUAUGUUGGAAGUUGAACAAGCAUUUGGCAGUAACGUUUGUCGGUGUACAGGAUAUAGGCCUCUAGCAGAAUGUUUCAAAAAAUUUGCAAAAGAUGCUCCAAAAGAACACAGAAUUGUUGAUAUUGAGAACUUGUCUCUUUGUAAAAAGAAGGGAAAACCUUGUAGUAAAAAUAAAAGUUGCGCUGAAGAAGAUGAUUGGUGCAUUGUGAACGACGACGAUUUGUUAGAUCAACCAAUAAAGAGAAUAAGGUUAAAAGAUAGUAAAAUAUGGUACAGACCUAACUGCCUCCAUGAAGUUUUAGGCAUAUUGCAGAAUGAAAGCAGUGGAUCCGAUUACAUGCUGGUGGCUGGAAAUACGGCAAAAGGUGCGUUCCCCAUAGAUGAAUACCCAUGUCUCCUUAUAGAUAUCAGCCACCUCCAAGAAUUGAAGACGAAUGUUUUGGACCAAAACUUCGUAGUUGGUGCUGGAUUUACUCUUACAGAAUUUCUAAGUAUUCUGAAGGCUAACUCAACUUUAGAAUAUUUUAAUUACUUCGAGAAAUUACAUGAACAUAUUUCGUUGGUAGCUCACAUACCUGUUAGAAAUGUGGGUACUAUAGCUGGAAACCUAAUGAUCAAACACAAGUACAACGUUUUUCAAUCCGACAUAUUCUUGCUCUUGGAGACCGUUGGGGCCCAACUGAACAUCAUUAAUUGCUAUGGUCAAGUAGAAACCCAUACUAUGCAGAGCUUCCUGAGAGUCAACAUGAAUCAAAAGGUUAUUUUAAAUGUGCUACUCCCGCCGUUGUCCAAUGAAUAUAAGUUGAUCACAUUCAAAAUUAUGCCUCGAGCCCAAAGUGUCCAUGCUAUUGUCAACGCUGGUUUCCUUUAUGAGAUAGACAAACAGACACAAAUAGUUAAACAAGCCAGGAUUGUUUACGGAGCAUUAUCACCUAAUUUCAUAAGAGCCUGCGCUACUGAAUCCUUCUUGGUUGGAAAGCAAUUAUUUACUAACCAAACUCUUCAGGCUGCUUUGGGAGUGCUUGAUGGAGAAUUGAUAGUUGAAGAGAAUCCUCCUGAGCCAUCAGUGGCUUACAGAAAACAAUUGGCUAAGGCAUUAUUCUACAAGGCUUUGCUUACUAUUAGUCCACCCACCGUUCGUACUUCACGUUUCAACUCGGGUACUCUAAAACUACAUGAGUCUAGAGGUGUAUCAGACGGUAAACAAAUUUUUACUACAGACCCUACAAAAUGGCCCUUGACCCAGCCUAUUCAGAAAGUAGAAGGUUUGUAUCAAAGUGCAGGAGAAGCGAUAUACACAGAGGAUAUGCCAAAAUUCCCCAAUGAAGUUUUUGGUGCUUUUGUGCUCAGCACUGUGGCCACGGGGACCAUCGUAAAUAUAGAUCCAACAAAUGCAAUGAGACUAAAAGGUGUUGUUGCCUUUUACACUGCUAAAGAUAUACCGGGAUUAAAUUCCUUCACACCAGCAGAUAGCCUGUUAUACACCUCUAAUGAAGAAGUGCUUGCUGAAAGCACAGUAAAGUACUAUCAUCAGCCUCUUGGUAUAAUUGUAGCAGAAGACCAGCAUAUUGCUGACCGAGCAACCAAACUUGUCAAAGUGAAGUACAGCAAUGUAAAAAAACCAGUAUUAGACGUAAAAAGAGCAAAAGAAGAUAGCACAAGGAAUACGCUAUUCUUUUCUUCAGAUGCUACUAAUCGAGGAACCGAUGUACAUAAAGUUAUAACUGGGAAUACUACUGCUUAUGGGCAGUAUCACUUUACUAUGGAGACUUUGGUAACUGUAGCUAAACCUACAGAAGAAGGCUUAGAAGUUCAUAGUGCUACCCAAUGGUUAGACGGAUCACAUGUUAUGAUAUCAAGAGCAUUAGGCAUUGAUCAAAACAGGAUUGAUAUGCAUGUACGUCGCCUCGGAGGUGCCUACGGGAUGAAGAUCUCUCGUAGUAUCCAGUCUGCUGUUGCUUGUAGUUUGGUUUGCCUAAAAUUGAACCGCCCAUGCCGAUUUAUUCAACCACUGACUACAAAUAUGCAAGCUGUUGGAAAGAGACUACCAUUCUCUAACGACUAUGAGGUAGCUGUCAAUAAAUCAGGUGUCAUACAGUAUAUAAACGAGACAAUGUAUGAGGAUAACGGAUACAAAACAAAUGAAACUCUCACCGCUCUUGGGUCUGAUGUCUAUUACAAUUGCUAUGACGCAACUAAAUUUAACUAUAAAGCAUUUGACACGAUCACUGACACUGCUAAAAAUACGUGGUGUAGAUCACCAGGUACACUAGAAGCCAUUGCUGCCUGUGAAUAUGUAAUGGAAAGAAUUGCCUAUGAACUCUCUCUAGAUCCAAUAGCAGUUCGUCUAGCUAAUUUAGACGCAGAAAAACACAAUGAUAUAUCAGAAAUGAUUCAAAAAUUUAAAAUUGACACUGAAUACGAUACUAGAAGAGCAGCUGUAGAUUCAUUUAAUACAGAAAACCGGUGGAAAAAACGUGGUUUAAGAUUUUCUUUUGCAAGGUGGGCUCCAAUAGGAGCUCAGCGCUUCGAUGUUAAUCUGUCAGUAUUUCAUGGAGACGGCACAAUAGUACUCACACAUGCGGGUGUAGAAAUGGGACAAGGCAUUAAUACCAAAGCCAUACAAACUGCUGCAUAUUUAUUAAAGGUUCCAGUUAAUAAAAUUCAAGUCAAAGCAAAUAAUACUACUAAUGCACCAAACAGUUUUAUAUCUGGUGGAAGUCUUACAACACAAAGUGUUGUUAUUGGUUUAAGGAGAUGUUGCGAGCAACUACUUACUAGACUGGAACCCAUAAGGGCUACUUUGACCAAUCCAACAUGGGAGGAAUUAAUAAAAGCAGCUUACAACGCUGAUGUGGAUCUUCAAGUCCAUGGUUUCUCGGGUUUCACUGAUAUACAGAAAUACAAUGUAUACGGUAUUGCAUUAAGCGAAGUAGAAAUCGAUUGCUUGACCGGAGAAUAUGAAACACUUAGAGUGGACUUACUACAAGAUGUUGGUUUAAGCAUUAGCCCUGAAAUUGACGUUGGACAAGUCGAAGGAGGUUUCAUCAUGGCAAUGGGUUAUUGGACAUGUGAAAAGCUGGUGUACGACCCUGAAACAGGCAAAUUGUUAACAAAUCGUACGUGGAAUUACCACGUGCCUGAAAUGAGGGAUAUCCCCCAAAACUUCAAUGUUUACUUUAGAAAAAACUCCUUCAGCAAUGAUCUUAUCUUGGGAUCAAAAGCUACUGGAGAGCCGUCUACGUGUGCUGCUGUAUGCGUUACAUUUGCCCUCAGAGAGGCGAUCGCUGCAGCGCGCCAAGAAACUGGAUUACCCACCACACAAUGGUUUCAGAUCGAUGGACCUUUCACUACCGAAGCUGUUUUCAUGGCUGCCAAUACCAAAACCGAAGACUUCAAGUAUUAA